CAGGUAAGAAGCCCAGUACAAGAUGAAUGUAGUGUUUGCUAUUUCAGUCGUCAGCACGCUGCUGAUUUGCCAGGCUGAUAUCACCCUCAGUCAAUGUGAUCAAGCUGAUUGGUCGGUUAGUUUGGACAGGGCCACGUGGUCUACCUGUCCUAACAGUAUGACCUACCUCAAGGGGAUGUGGAGAAAUGAUAGACACCCUGGAGACGAGAGAGUUGGUCGCAUCGAGUAUGGAAGGUGCUGUCGGGCAACAGAACCAACUUAUGUCCACAAACCUUCCACAUGUUCAAACGCGAAUUGGCUUCACACGCUGGAUAGGUGAGUCCCACCAUGAACUGACCUAGAAUGAAAUGGAGAAGCCAUGCUCACGGAGACACUUUUAUCCCUGACUGGGGCUAUCUUGUGCGACUUCUUCUGAACAUGUCAUUCAUUAGACUGGAGAUUAAAGGGUCGUAGAAAGCAGUAAAAAAAAAAAGUGGAAUAGACCUCGCCUGCAAUGAAUUUCAGCCUCGUGCAAAAAGGAGUGCCAAUACUCUCAGCCGCUUCAUAUUAGUUCAUGUUCUUGAAAUCAGAAUGCUACGGCGUUUUUGGCAAAUUGACUUAUGCAUGAACUUAAACUUAGUUUUUCUUUAUAUCGUACAAAGUUCUUUGUAAGCGCAAUAAUGUGGAAAAAACCCACGCGCUUCUGAUUGGCUUAAAACGAGUACAUUCUCAUGCAACACGAGUUCAAAGUUGUAACACGAGUGCAAAUUACAAAUAUAGCGCGCGCACGCUUUCAAAGUUUACUUCGUCGGUCUUGACUUUCUGUGAUAUUUUUCAUUGAAAUUAUUAAUUAGUAAUAACAUUGUUUCUCUUGCAAUUUGGUGUAAUAAGCACUUGUAAAUUUUUCAAAGACUACAAAUUGCACUCUUUUCACGGGAUCGUGCAAUUUGUAGUCUUUAAAAUGGUUACUCAAGCUUAUUAACACCAAAUUGCACGAGAAAUCAUGUUAUUACCUAUACCAAUUUUAUCUUAAGAUGCUUUGAAAUUCUCUUCUAGAACUCAUGUCUGGGCACUGUGCCCUAAUGGUUACUACAUGCAAGGUAUGAGGCUCGGCGCUGGUCCGCCAGCCUAUCUGCACCACAUUGACGAGGCAAAAUGUUGCCACCCUCAAGGUCAUCCAAACAGUUAUGAACACUGUUACGAUCAAGAUGUCACAUAUUCCUUCGACAAUAAAGGUUGGAGCGAGUGCCAACAGGUGGGCUACUACAUGACUGGCUUCUACAAAAGCGACUGCAACGAUAUUUAUUGCAUCGAAAAAUUUCGAUGCUGCAAGAUGAAAAAAGGUAAAUCUGAUCACCACAUGGAAAGUCAGUAAAUACUAGAAGAACUCUAAAUAUGCAAUGGGUAACUUUACCAAGAAAGAUGUAGGUAACAGGAGAUGUACCUUUCUUUAUACUAUUAUUCACGUUAGAAGCUUUCAACGCUGUAAAUCUUAAAAACAUGUAGGGCGGUGGUUUCUAUGUGAACUUACAGUUAAGCCCAUGACGCUUCCGGUCUUUCUGCAGCUUAGCCGACAGAUCAGCUCACAAGACAAUCGAAGGUGGUAGGGUCCAAGAUCUAAAAUCCGGAGAAUCGGUCAUUCUUCUUCCUACUGCGCUGGUCACUUAAUUUUAACCUCUUAAUUUUAAUAUUUGAAUCAUUGCUAAAAGAGAGUUCUGAAUACACUUUUAUACGGUUCAGCAACACUCCUCUGUUUUGCUUUCAGCUGCUGUUAAUGGAGGAUGGAGCAGCUUCGGACCUUGGGGACAAUGCAGCGCUACAUGUGGGGGUGGAACCCAAGAACGCUCACGAACCUGUACAAAUCCCCCUCCGUCGGGCGGUGGAGCGCAAUGUGUAGGGCCCAGCAAAGAAACACAAGCCUGUAAUACUCAUGAAUGCCCUGGUAGGUACAUGUACCAUAUUUAACGUUAAUGUACGUGAAUGCUUAUUCAUCUCAUUCCCAUGGAGUGCAGAUCUACCGACGUGAAGUUCCUGCGUUGUGCUAACAAUGCAGCUUGCCACAUUAGUAAAACACAACUCACAAACAGAAUGACGUACAGCCAUCAUAUGGCAACCACAUUUUUGCAGUUUGUCAGGCCCUCUUUUCUUAAGUUUUGGGCUCCGCUUGCCAAUUCUGUGCGUAGGCCCUCCGCUAUGAUUAUAUGAUGUUUCCCUUUCCAAGUUGCUGUAAUAUUCUAACACCGUUCGUUUAAGUUACGUAGGCCAACUAGUAUACUAAUUCUUGUCCCAAUGUUAUUCCAGUGAACGGUGGUUGGAGUGACUGGGGAGACUGGGGACAAUGCAGCGCUUCAUGCGGUGAUGGGCAGCACGCACGCUCGCGCACUUGCACCAAUCCCCCUCCGUCAGGUGGUGGGGCACAGUGUUCAGGAGACAGCCAAGAAACACGGACUUGCAAUAAUGGACCUUGCAAUGGUAGGGGACUUAUGACAAUUUAGUGUUAAAUUAGCUAAAUCUUGUCAUUACCAGGAGCCCAUUGGCUCCUGUCAUUGCCUAUUAUCGAGUUACAGUAGGACCUUGGUAUUUAUUUUAGACAUUCCUGUUAUGUCAUCUUGGUAAAUUUACCUAAGCGGUGACAUUUUAGUCAAUGGCGAAGUCAGCUAAGUAUUUUACUAUUUCAGUUGACGGAGGGUGGAGUAACUGGUCAAACUAUGGUGAGUGUAGCAAGAGCUGCGGCAAGGGGAAAAAAUAUAAAUAUCGAACGUGCACCAAUCCACCCCAGUCAGGCGACGGAAAGGACUGUGACGGGAGGGCGAGGAAGGGAAAGAAAUGUAGAGAGGCUUCAUGCAAAGGUACGAUAAAUCCUUCUAUUUCCUUUUAG